AAUAAAUGAAGGUGGCGAUGGACAGCAUACACAGAGCAACGACCCAAUUGCUCAACCUUCUUCUCUCUCUUUUGCUUUUCCCGAGAUUCCAAAACUUGUUUAUCUUAUCUUUUUCUAAUCUCUCUUUUUAUAGCAAUCUACUCCAUUAUCAUAUAGCUUCAAUUUUGUAGUAGUAUUAGUAGUUCAUAUAUCAUCGUCUUCUUCCUCCGUUUCAAGCCCUAAUUUUCCUUCUCUUGGAAGCUUGGAUCAUCAUUUUCUCUCUCCAAUGGCAGAUCACGGCAAGCCUAAAUCAGACAUUUCCUUGGCUGGAACGUUCGCCAGUAGCGCUUUCGCCGCUUGCUUCGCUGAGGUGUGUACUCUUCCAUUGGACACUGCUAAGGUUAGGCUCCAACUCCAAAAGAAAGCUGUUGCAGGGGAUGGAGUGGCUUUACCAAAAUACAGGGGUAUGUUAGGUACAGUUGGCACCAUUGCAAGGGAAGAAGGUCUAACUGCUCUAUGGAAAGGAAUUGUGCCUGGGUUACAUCGUCAAUGCCUGUUUGGAGGUCUAAGAAUUGGGAUGUAUGAACCUGUAAAGGCAUUCUAUGUGGGCGAUAAUUUUGUUGGAGAUGUUCCUCUAUCAAAAAAAAUACUUGCUGCACUUACAACCGGUGCCCUUGCAAUUACUGUAGCUAAUCCUACAGAUCUUGUGAAAGUCAGGCUUCAAGCUGAAGGAAAAUUGCCUCCUGGUGUACCCAGGCGUUAUUCUGGAGCAUUGAAUGCUUAUUCUACAAUAGUGAGACAGGAAGGAAUCAGGGCUCUAUGGACUGGACUUGGACCCAAUGUAGCAAGGAAUGCUAUUAUAAAUGCUGCAGAACUAGCCAGUUAUGAUCAAGUGAAGCAGACAGUUCUGAAGAUACCAGGGUUUACAGAUAAUGUUUUUACUCAUCUCUUAGCUGGUUUGGGAGCUGGUUUUUUUGCUGUUUGUAUCGGCUCCCCAGUUGACGUGGUUAAGUCAAGAAUGAUGGGAGACCCCACCUACAAAAGUACGGUCGAUUGCUUUAUCAAGACCUUGAAGAACGAUGGACCACUUGCUUUCUAUAAAGGCUUCAUCCCAAAUUUUGGACGGCUAGGAUCAUGGAAUGUGAUUAUGUUUCUGACAUUGGAGCAGGCUAAGAAGUUUGUUAGAAGUAUCGAGUCAGCUUGAGCUAAAAGGCUGGAUGAUGAAGCCAACAUUGAAAUGCAAUUUCUUUGGGGAUGGCCUCCGUAAUCAUUGGAUGAUGCCUGGGGAAAUAUAAGCCCUCACUCUUGUUGUUGUUGUUGUUGUUCUCAUAUUUUGAUUCUAAAUAAUAAUCGAGGGAAAUAAUUAUUGAGAUUUUACAAAUUUAGGCAAUUAAUCAAUUUGCAUUUUCCAUUAAGGAAUACAAACAAGG